AUGCAAUCAUCCUGCCAUACAGCCAACUCCUCCAAUCAAACCAUCGUCAUUCACAAAUCACCCUUCGGCCGAGCCUCUGUGGAAUUUUCCCCGACCAUGCAACCACGUUCGGCGAACACGGGCGCGACUUUGUCGACGACGGUGCCAGCGGAAACAUACAGACAGAACUCCGCGGAGAACGCGCGAGCCUUCCUCUCGUACAAAACAGAAGAGGCGGCACAGAGGCAAUACAGAGAUUUCAUUACACAGUCUCGUGGUUUGGAUGGAGGUUCGAUGCCCUUCACAAACCAAGUCAGGAAUGAAUCGUCCAUCGGUGUCACCGGCAGAAACACAGCGCAGCAUAACACGCUGCCCUUCAGUCUAAGUCCUUCAUUUGUUCCUUCGGACCAAAAAUUGCUAACACAAGAGGAGAAAGACGCCGAAGAGCAAGAGUCUGUCAGAGAUGUCAUGUGCUGUUUCACUCUACUUCUAAUUGUAUUGACGGUCUGGUGA